AUGAGGCUCCCAUUCCGAAUACAACUUGCCCGUGUCGAAUCGGUGCACAACUACGCUGGAGUGCUCGUUCCAUUAGAAGAAGCACACCUUCAUAGCAAGUCUGCAAGAUCUGGUCGUACGGAAUAUGAGUCACGACAAGACAGCCAUGACGAUGACGUCGAAGCCGGUGCGGCCGAGGGCAAAAAUUCGGACAGCGAGACGCAGGGAAUGUUGCAGAUGGAAGCGGCAGAAUACACUAUCGAGGGCUUGCGAAAGGAAACCAGGAGAGGCCGCCAAGGCCAGUGGACCGAGUAUGAGAUCAAGUCGAAGCUUAUUAAUAAGGCCAUCGGUGAUAUUGGCAUGGGAACAUACAAUUGGCAAUUGUUUGUCCUCUGCGGUUUCGGCUGGUUCGCCGACAAUCUUUGGUUGCAAGGCGUGUCCCUCACCUUGCCUUCGCUAUCUGCUGAAUUCGAUAUUUCAGAAAAAAGGGUCAGGUACACCACAAGCGCUCUUUUUGUUGGCUUAUCUCUGGGAAGCUUCAUUUGGGGUAUUGGGUCUGACUUUCUCGGCCGCCGCAUCGCUUUCAACUUCACGUUACUCAUUACCAGUGUCUUUGGAAUCGCAUCAGCCUAUGCACAGAGCUGGGGGGCCGUCAGCUGUCUGUUUGCUGCCUUGGGAUUCGGCGUCGGGGGGAGCUUACCCGUAGAUGGCGCAUUGUUCCUCGAGUUUCUCCCAGAUGCGUCUAGUUCGCUUCUUACCUUGCUUUCGGUCUGGUGGCCAAUCGGUCAGUUGAUUUCGUCUCUAGCUGCUUGGUACUUUAUCGCCAACUAUGUCGUGGAUCAAGGUUGGCGAUACUUUAUUGUUUCCAUUGGUAUCGUCACCUUCGCCAUGUUCGUCAUCCGAUUCUUCAUCUUCCGGCUUUUCGAGUCCCCAAAGUUCCUCCUCAGCAAGGGCCGCCAGGAUGAGGCCGUGGCAGUUGUUCACGGCAUUGCGUACAGAAACCAGACAAAGACUUGGCUCACCUCAGAACUCCUGGAUCUAGUUGCCGCAAACGAUGACGCCGGGCCCGAACCUGAAGCUUUGGGAUCGCACCUCCCCAUUUUAUCUGGGUCUAGUACUCUGUCCAACAAGCUCAAAAGUUUCUCGGGAGAGAGGCUAAAGCCCCUCUUCCAAAACAAAACCUUGGGCUGGGCCACGGGGCUUAUCUGGUUCUGUUGGGCCACCAUUGGAAUGGGGUAUCCCCUUUUCAACGCCUUUCUACCCCAAUAUUUCUCUCACGGCCACGACGGCGGUCAGGAAGUACCAUCCGAAACAUCGACAAUCUCAAAUGAGACCUACCGAAACUACGCCAUCACUUCGAUCAUGGGGGUACCAGGCAGUGUGCUGGCCGCAUACCUUGUUGACUCUCCGUCUCCUUUCUUCGGCCGUCGUGGCACCCUGGCUGGUUCCACGCUUGUGUCCGCCAUAUUCCUCUUCCUCUUUGUAAUAUUUGGAAAGACGCCUACCGCCCAGUUGGCAUUUUCUUGCGUUGCUGCAUUCUCACAAAACAUCAUGUACGGUGUACUGUAUGCGUUUACUCCCGAGAUCUUCCCCGCUCCUGUGAGAGGGGCUGGAACUGGAGUGGCAAGCUUCCUGAACAGAAUUACAGGGUUAAUAGCACCGAUCCUGGCUGCGAAUAUUCCCGGAGAUGGGGCAACGACGCCCAUUUACUUAUCUGCUAUUUUAAUUUUAUCGGCGUUUGUGGGCAUGUGUUUGAUUCCCAUUGAAACAAGAGGUGCACAGCGCCUCUAA